GUAGAUAAUAAGAAGCCUAUGCGCAUAAUGUUUCAUCAUGAAAUCAGUGAAGAAGACAUGCUACCUGUCAGUAGGGCAGGGGUUGAUGUGGAAACGGGCGUAGAAAAAGAGGAAGAAGAGGAAAUACAUCUUGUAACAGCAUUAGAAAAACGUCAACAAGGGAUCGAAGAGGGAAAUGGUACAUCAACGGGUGAUGGUGAACCUGCGAUUCCUUGCCCGGACUCUGAUGCCAAUAAAAGACAUCUAUUUCCACCUACAUGGAAAAU